UCUGGCGGUGUUUUUCAGUUUGGAUUUUCACAGUUCCUUUAUCUCGCCAGACAAGCGCCACAACUCCACAAAACUCCGGCCAGAUCGAAUUCCGCGAACGGAGGAGCAUCCGAGAAACUAAGUGGCUUGGACUUGCGGAGGACUUGAGCCGCACGCAUAGGAGCACAAGAACAACAACGACGAGUGCGCUCUCACACAAACACACAGGCGCGCGCGCACACUCACAACGCACUCAGGCAUUUCAAAAUGGCGCCCACGAAGGCAACAACGCGCGGGACCCUUGCAGGCGGGCAUCAUCAGCUGCCAAAGGCGGGGGGCGUGGCCGGGAAUCCACUCCUGGCAUUGGGGGCCGCCACCAGAAAGGGACUGAGCCGCCGAACGGCCGCCACAGGGAACAUCGAUCCAAAUGUGGAGAACAUGCAGACGCGCGCCAAACGCAAGGCGGAUCACAGUCCUAUCAAAAAUGACAAAAUCAAGCGCUCGGCGCUGGGUAACCUGACCAACAACGUUAAGAUCAUGACACUGCAUCCCGGGCAGGAUGAGCAGUCGGAGGGCAAAAAGCCAACCGCCCAACAGCUGCAGGCCCUGCUAGAUGCUAAGAAACAGGAUAAUCUCAGCGUCAAUGUCUUUGCCGCCAACAAGAUGACGACGCGCGCCUCCAGCAAGGUGGAGGAUUCGGUGGAGAAUUGCCACAAGGUGCUCGACAAGCUGGAAGAGGCUCUGGCUAGGCCCAAGCCGCGACCCAAGGCAGUGCCUGCCGCCAAGAAGGCGGUUCUGGGCGAGAUCCAGCUGCCGCCCAUGCAGAUACCUGUGCUGCUGCCACCCAUGCACAAUCUGGCCGCUCCCCAGGCGGCCCCAAUUAAGCCUGUGCGCCGGAUCUCCAAUGACUUCAACAAGACUGAGGACAGCCUGUACAUGUCCGCGCUGGAGGAUGUGUCCAGCUGCGAUUCUACGCGGCUGUCCGGGAACUUCGAAGCCGCGCGUCGCCGCUCGGCCAAGUUGCAGCAAAAGACUGAGCAGCAGCCGCAACCGCUGCUGCUGACCCUACCAGAGACCGCCCCCAGCCAGGUGGUGCCGAUCCUGCCGGUGCCCGAGGAUGUGGAGGACUUCGAUCGCAAGAACUGGGACGAUCCGUUCCAGGUGUCUCACUACGCCAUGGAUAUAUUCAACUAUUUGAAAGUGCGCGAGCCGGAGUUCCCCAUCGCCGACUACAUGCCUCGACAGAUCCACCUGACUCCCUGGAUGCGCACCCUGCUGGUCGACUGGAUGGUGGAGGUGCAGGAGACGUUCGAGCUGAACCACGAAACUUUGUACCUGGCGGUGAAAAUCGUUGACUUGUAUCUCUGCCAGGAGGUUAUCAACAAGGAGAAGCUGCAGCUUCUCGGCGCAGCAGCUUUCUUCAUUGCUUGCAAGUACGAUGAACGCCAGCCGCCAUUAAUUGAGGACUUUUUAUACAUCUGCGACGGAGCCUACAACCACGACGAGCUGGUGCGAAUGGAGCGGGAGACACUGCGCGUGAUCAAAUACGACCUGGGUAUCCCGCUCUCCUACCGCUUCCUUCGCCGCUACGCCCGCUGUGCCAAGGUGCCCAUGCCCACGCUCACCCUGGCACGCUACAUCCUGGAGCUCUCUCUUAUGGACUACGCUACCAUUUCUUUCAGCGACUCGCAAAUGGCCUCCGCAGCUCUGUUCAUAGCGUUGCGCAUGCACGGCGGUUCGGGGCAGCUGGAUAAGCUAACUUGGGACUCGACGCUCAUCUACUACACAGGCUAUCAACUGUCGGACUUUGCUGAGAUCGUGCCCGUGCUCAAUGCGGGACUGCACCGCAAGCCGCGGGCCACCAUCAAGACGAUACGGAAUAAGUACUCGCACAAGAUAUUCCACGAGGUGGCCAAGGUGCCGCUGCUGUCGAACGAUGAGCUCUUCCAGAGCAACCUCGACCUGAACGAAAGCAAUCUGUCGUAGGACAGCCUCAAAGUUUAGCCAAAUUCGCAACAAGCUGCAAAAUGUUACGCUUCACUUAGGCUCUAAGACGCUUCAGUCCCCACCCACCAAAUCGGUAUAGACGAAACAGCGGAUCGCCCCGCCUUAAUCGAAAAUUAAGACCCUGAUCUUAGCCCUUGUCCCUAGUCCCCACCAAGUCCUCACAAUUUAUUAUAUUUUAAUUAAUUUUUAUUGUGACCUUUGCAUUUUUGACAUGUUUUUGCAUAAAUAUUGUGUUAAGAGUGCUUUUUGUUUCUUUUGCCAUGUAUCAUUGUUUAAUUUACAAAUACCGCAUACGUACCCCUCGCCUACAAUCAUUCUAAACAGGGAAAGCGAUAUUAUCUCUAACACCGACAUCCCCGAUAUGUACCCCAAUCGCAAAACGAUUCAUGUUCUAAUAUGUACGCUAGUUUUAAGAGAUGCCAGCAUUUAAUAAACCUUACUCGUAAGCCACCAAAGCAGA